GACACACAAUCUAUUUUUAAAGCACCAGACUGGGCUAGAAUAGUGCGUGAGUAUUUUGUGCCGGGCUGCAGCGAUGUCGCCGCGUGCAACUUUUUGUAUACUACAGCAUAAUUAACAGCAAUCGGUGCGUAAAUGAUUUACGUGGAACUAGUUGGGUGCACCGUAUUAUUUGCUCCCGCCUCCACGGUGCUAUCCAACGGCUUGUUGCUGCCUGGGUGCUCUUUGCUUGUGCUAGUAUGCAUCUAGGUUAGAGUAUUGGGUGAGCGCUACCUGACCAGGGCCCACGUUGAACUGAAAUGUGAGAUUGAAGAGAAGUGCUUCUUAGCGAGAAAUGAUCAGUAACAGCAGCGUCUAUGGCCUGAAGAUGCAGUGGACACCAGAGCAUGCCCAGUGGGCAGAGCAGCACUUCGACAUCACCUCGACCACACGCUCCCCGGCCCACAAAGCCGAGGCGUACCGGGCUCACGGGCAGCGUGGUGCCGGCAGCGCCUACCAGUACGCCUGGGCCAACGACGACAUCUCGGCGCUCACCGCCUCCAACCUGCUGAAGAAGUACGCAGAGAAGUACUCCGGCAUUUUGGAGAUGCCCGGCGACAGGGCCCUGCUGACCUCUUACGCCGAGGCCGGGAUGAGCGGCAGGAAGGGGGAGGGCGAGGCCUGGCAGGAUGGGGUGUACUGCGUCCCCGACGGGGUGUCGGUGAGAAAAGGAGGCGUGGCCGUGCCGGAGGUGUCUGGGAUAUGCAGUUCGCCGUCCCCGGGCCUGACCUCCAGCGUCCUGACGGAGCCUGGCUACUCCGGCAGCAGCUGUGGGAGCCACACGGCCACCGCCGCCCACUCCUCUGUGGGCUCCUCCCAGGAGUACGGCCCCGGCUACAGCGCCUCCUACCUGGGCUACAGCUCCCAGUCCAACACCUCCCCGCUGCACAGCUCUGGCCUCUUGCAGCCCCCGCCCCCUCACCCCUCUCUGGUCCCGGCCUAUAACGGGGCGUCCCCGAACCUCUCGGGCUACGGUUACCCCCCUGCCGGGUACCCCUCCCAGAGCGCCGUGGGGCCGGGAUACAGCCCCGGGGGAGCUCCUCCACCCUCCUCCUACCUGCCGUCAGGGAUCGCAGCUCCAACCCCGCUGCCCCCCUCCUCCGCUCUCCCAGGGUACCCCUACCAGACACACAGCCUCGGCCCCAUCGCGCCCACGCCCCUGAACGGCAGCUCGUCCAACUCGCUGAAGAGGAAAGCCUUCUACAUGACAGGGCAAGGGGAGAUGGACACCGCUUAUGGAAAUUUUGGGUACGGUCAGGCACGCAGUUCUGCAGACAGCCCCAUGUACAGGGUGCCGGACAGCAGCAUCUCAAACGUGAGCGGGGGGAACGGUUUUGACAGGAACGCUGACAAGUCUUCUUUGCCAUUUAAUCCCCAAAAGCAGCCAAUGGCCUCUGAGCAGUCGAGGAAAUUUGUCGGCCAGUCGGGGGGCGGGGCGCUCACCCCUCCGUCCUACAGCUCCACCCUGGGGGGCUCACGUUCAGCUGACUCCCUGGGCAGCUUCACCUCCCCGUCGCUAAGCGACCAAGGGGAGGACCAACGCCUGCACCACUCCCACCCCUCCCUGACGGGGGCUACCUCAUCCUCCCGGCCCACCGAAGAGCAGCUAAAGAGCAGCGACCCCCACCUCCUGGACAUGGUGACCUCUGAGAUCCUGCAGCAGGGCCCCCCGGUGGACUGGAGUGACAUUGCAGGCCUGGAGCUAGCCAAGGCCACUCUGAAGGAAGAGAUUGUUUGGCCCAUGCUACGUCCGGACAUGUUCAGCAGCCUGGCUCUGGCCCCCAGGUGCGUUCUCCUGUUCGGCCCCAGAGGCACGGGCCGAACUCUGCUAGGCCGCUGCAUGGCCAGCCAGCUGGGGGCGCCCUUCCUGCUGCUCAGCGGCACCUCUCUGGUCACCAAGUGGCUGUCAGAGGGUGACAAGAUCCUGCGGGCCUCCUUCCUGGUGGCGCGCCGCCGCCAGCCGUCCGUGUUGUUCGUCAGCGACGUGGACCUGCUGCUGUCGGCGCAGCUCGGUGAAGAGAACCCCGUCCACCGGCUUAAGAUGGAGCUCCUGGCCCAGCUGGACGCGUUGCUCCUUGGGCCGGCCGAUGACUCCGACAGCCAGGUCCUUGUGGUCUGCUCCACCAGCAAGCCCCAGGACAUGGACGAGGGGCUGCGUCGGUACUUUGGCCGGCGGGUCCUGGUGCCACUGCCGGACCGUUCGGCCCGCCAUCACAUGCUGGGCCGGCUGCUCUCCCAGUCCCAGCACAAGUACUGCCUCGGCGAGGAGGAGCUGGCGCUGCUGGUCCAGCGCACCGAGGGCUUCUCCGGUCUGGACGUGUCUAGACUGUGCCAGGAGGCCCUGCUGGGCGUGAUGCAUGGCCCUGCCCAGGGCGUGGACCUCUCUGCGGGCAUCAUGCCCACGGGACAGAUGCGGCCCGUCACCUACCAGGACUUCGAAGGUGUCUUUUGCAAAUUUCAGCCCAGUAUAUUGCAGAAAGAGAUCGACACGUACGCAGAGUGGAACAAAACGUUCGGGUGCGGUCAGUGAAGUUGCGGGGGGAAAAGUGCUCGCUAACCAGAAGUGGAAGGCACGAGAGAGGAGCGAAGUAACCCCCUGACACACACGCACACAUGCGCAAGAGUCGGAGACACAUGUGGAGAUGUUGUUUGAAUGAUACCAGAUGAUAUUGUGGGUGGGGAGCCGGGAUUUCAUAGAAUGCUUGACGCUGCUAAAGCCAGGCGUUGUUUACACAUUUGGAUGGGGUCAACUUCAGGAGGGAUGGGCGAGGACCCUGUGUGUAUAUAACUUUCUGUUGUCGUUCCCUAAAAUGUAGUUGGCUAUCCAAGUGCCUGCAGUGGUGCUUUCCUGAUUUGUAUUUAAUUUGAUGUAUUAUGGUUUCUUUUGCCUCACAAUCUACAUGGCAUGUGCUGAUGUUAAGAGCUUUAAACUUAAACAGUGAGACUAAAGUAUGUGUGUUGGACGCCAUGGUGGAUGUCCAGCCACCCCCACCUUCCUGUACCAACAGAAUUCCUCUGAGGGUGACAGUAACCUGAACCUCAGAUCCAUACACUUCAUCUCUUUUGAACCUCUGUCUGCAAAAAAAAAAAAAAAACUCAGGAAAGUGUUUGUGAAUUGUACAGUACCUCAACGACAUUACCACACAAAAGCACUACGAUCUUCUGAGAGUAUCAAGACCAUCAUUUUGGGAACGUGUGUUCUAUCUAGCGAAACAGUGUUAGGUUUACCUCAAACUGGCUAGGCAAGACGGUCAAGGAGAUGACGAUGAAUGUAACGACGGGACAACUAAGUCAAUACUGAGAUUUCUCUUUUUCUUUCUGGAAGGUGCUUAAGGGAAGAAUUUGAUGAUGACUUAAAUUUCCAUUUCAUGUUUUUUUUAUGUGAUGCCCAACUGUGUUUUUCUGAUAAUUUGCUGUGGAUUGAUUGAAUCAAGAGGUCUGUUGAUCUGAUGUUUUAAGGGAACAGCAAGGUCCGCGUCCUAUAUAUAUACAUGGUUAUAUGAAUGUUAGUUUAAUGUCGUCAAUAACUAACAGCUCAUAUCGGCGCGGUGGACAAGGGCUGGGCGGGAUACUGUAUUUUAAUAUAUAUAUAUAUAUAUCUAUAUAUAUAUAUAUAUAUAUAUAUAUAUAUCGGUGUUGAUGCACCGACUGGUUUUGGGUUUCACUUUACCUUUUACAAUGACAUUUCAGCGUUUGGUUUGUUUAAUGUGAUUUGCAGCAGCAGUAUGUGUGUAAGUGUUGUCAAUUUAUAUAGUUUACCCUGUUGGCUUCUUGAGUCAUACUUCUCGCACUCUCCUCCCGCAAGCCUCUUCCCACACAAAGCACUGCCCC